AUGCGAUGUUGCUGCAACUGCUCGUCCCUGGGUUCGGAGAGCAACGCGUGCGACAUCCGGACGGGGCAGUGCCGCUGCAAGCCCCACGUCACCGGCCGCGCCUGCGACACCUGUGAGGAGGGCUACUGGGGCCUGGAGCGCGGCGGGUGCAGGCGGUGCGAGUGCGGCGCUGGCGCGGCGGCGUGCGAGCCUGCCACGGGCGCGUGCGCGUGCGCCCUCGGCGUGGGCGGCGCCCGCUGCGACCGCUGCCUGCCCGGCUACUACGGCUUCGGCCCGGCGGGGUGCUUGCCAUGUCCUGCGUGUGCGGAAGGCAAGGUAUGCUCGUCGGCGAACGGACGAUGCGUUUGCCCAGCCCGGACGCGUGGCCCGGGAUGCUCCCAAUGCGCCAAGGGCUACUGGGGCCGUGCGCACGGCUGCCUACCGUGCACCUGUGGACCUGGAGCUCUGUCCUCGACAUGCGACCCGGUGUCGGGGCAGUGCGGCUGCCGGCUUGGCUGGAGUGGCAGGAACUGUGACAGAUGCUCCCCCGGCCACUUCGGGCCGAGGUGCCGCCCUUGUGGGUGCGUUAGCGCAGGGACGAGGGGCUGCCGCGAGGGCGUCUGCCCCUGCGACGACUCGGGGCGGUGCCCGUGCAAGGUAAACGUUGUGGGCGACAAAUGCGACGCUUGCUUGGAGGGGACAUUCGGGCUGUCUGAGGACAACCCCUCAGGGUGCACGGCCUGUUUCUGCUUCGGGCGAAGCGCCCAGUGCACUCAGGCGGCGGUGACGCGCGCCGCACUCCACGCGCCCGCGCCCCUCCACCUCACCCUACUGCGCGGCGAGGCCAUCACUAAUAUGGACCAAAACUCGCUGCUGGCCGUCCACUCGCACUUCCCGGACGCCACGAUAGCCGUGCCCUGGCCUCCGGUGCCCGUGUACGUGGAGCUGGGCGAGCUGUUCCUCGGGGACCGCGUCAUGUCUUACGGCGGCGCGCUCCGGUUCAGGGUCGAGGAGGAGGGCGGCGAGGAGCUGCCGCCGGGAUCCCUGGACCGGUUCCCGCUGGUCAGACUGUACGGGCGGAAUCUCGUGCUGGACUAUUACGAGCGCGUGGCGGCGGUGAACGGGUCGCACGCGGUGUGGCUGCACGAGUCGCUGUGGCGGGUGCGCGGCGGGGGCGCGGCGUCGCGCGGCGCCCUGAUGCUCGUGCUGCAGGGGCUCACCAGGCUGCUGCUGCGCGCCUCCACGAGGGCCCCCACCGCCCUGGACCCCGUGCAUGUGCUGGUGCUGAAAGUGUCACUAGAGACCGCGGUGCCCGGGUUGAGCCGCGGCGCCCCAGCGCUGGGCGUGGAGCGGUGCGCUUGCCCACGCGGCUACGCGGAUGUCUCCUGCCAGCGAGCCGCCGCCGGCUUCUGGCUGCCACCGGCCGACGUGCGGCCCAACAACGUCGGUGGCACCAUCGUCAUCAACGUGGAGGCGGUGGCACGCCCGUGCGCCUGCAACGGCCGUGCCAUCUCCUGCCACCCCGACACUGGGCACUGCUUGAACUGCACUAGCGGUACGGAUGGGCCGCACUGCGAACGCUGCGCCGCUGGCUACUACGGCUCUCCAGAUGCUGCUGGUGGUUGCCAGCCCUGCGCUUGUCCCACACGCUCCAGAAACUUCGCUUCCACAUGCGCUCUGGUAGGGGGCACGCUGCGCUGUAGGUGCAUGCCAGGUCACAGCGGGGCGGCGUGCGAGUCGUGCGCGGCGGGAUUCCGUCGCGCGGCGGGGGGCGGGUGCGCCCCCUGCUCGUGUGACCCGCGCGGAUCCCUGACGGGGCGGUGCGACGCGCGCGCCCUCUGCCGCUGCAGGCCCUUCGCGGCCGGCGACAGGUGCCACCGCUGCGCCCUGCCCAGGCACUACCUCGACGAGGACGGAUGCAAACCUUGCGACAACUGCACACAAACGCUACUGGACACGGCGGAAAGCCUCACCGCCGAGCUGCGCGCUCGCGCCGAUUUGACCGAGCUGAGCCGAAUACCGCAGCCGUUUCCUGCAAUAAGAGAAUACUCUAAAAACGCGUCCACGCUGCGCAGCGACCUCCAUGAGCUGAAGAAGGAUAUAGAACAGUCUAGAAACAUCGAGAACGCCGUCAACGCCAUGGAGGGGAGGGAGCACGAGACCUUUACAAUGGCGAACAGAGUGAAAACGGAAGCAGAGAGAAGGGAAAAGGAAGCUAGGUACCUAAGCCUGGAGAGUAUGAGCUGGUUGGAGGAGGUCCUGAAGCAACGGCGGCUGCUGGGGGAGCAGGUGGCUGUGUUGGACGAUUUCGCCAAGGGUGAGAAGCAUUUGAGCGCUCACCGAGCCAUCAAAGAGGCGCGACAUCUGCUGAAGAAUAUCAGGGAGAUCGUAUUGUCCGAUUACAUGGCCGGAGCUUCGGAUGUAUCCGACUCGGCAAAUCUGCAAUCAACGUCGGUGCAAGAGUACGACUACCGGAUAGAGGACGUGUACAAGCGGCUGCGCAAGUUGCAGACGUCGCUCGACGAGUGGGAGAGGAAGGCGGACGAGCUGCCGCGCCUCGCCGACGUGGUGUGGACUGCGGGGGACGCCGUAGCCGAACUGAGGAAGCAGGUCACGCCGCGACUGGCCCACAUAAGCGACGUCGGAUUGCGUUGUCGUCUCGUAUUGGAAGACAUCUCAAACCUAUCGACUAACAACAUAACGGAUGAAACGAGAUCGCUGCUGCUGCAAACGCACAAUCUGGCUGUGGGCUUCCCCAACCUCAGGGACCAGCUGGUUGCGUUGACUAACGCCGCUGAAGAGAAGGAGGGGAUACUCUACAGCCUAACGCCGGCCUACAAGCAGAAGUACUUGGAAGCCGUGGAGAAACACGCGGCCGAAUUGGGGGCCAAGGCCAAGGAGUACAAAAGCCUUUUCGCGGGGACGAGGGCGGUGGCGUCGGCCGGCGUGCAAGCGGCCCGCGCGUGGGCAGAGGUGGCAGAGGGCGUGCGCGCCGCUGCCACCGCUGCCACGGCUGCCACGAGCGCGGCGGACGCCGCCGCCGUGUUGGCGCGCGGCCCCAACCCGCUCGUCCACACCGCUCGGAGGGAGCUCCGCGCCUCCGAGGCUCUCAAGGAGAGGGGCGCCGCGGUCCUGGCCAGAGCUGAUGAGUUGAGAAGACAGCUGGAGCAAGCCCGCCGUGGGACGGACGUAGUGAGCGUGGAGCUGCGGGCGCUCGGCUGGAAGGAGCGCGCCUUGGGGGGAGGGGGGAGUGGGGACGGGAGCGAAGUGCGCGAGCAGCUGUCGGCGGCGGGGGCGCAGGCGGACCGCGUGUUCGUGGCGGCGCGCGCGCUGUACGACGAGGCGGCCGAGCUGCGGCGGCGGGUGCGCUACCAGCUGCGCCGGCGGCUGGCGGACCUGCAGCGGCUGGGGGACACCGCGCUCGGCGCCGCCCAGGAGCACGGUGAGAAACCGGAUUGGGUGGGAUCAUGUGCUGCG